AUGUCCGCGGCAGACCGUUCGAUCUGUGAUACGGAUUUUAUCAACAACAUAGUUAACUCGGAGAGCUUCGAGACGUGUAAGCAGGCAGUAGAAUGUGCCUGGCAGAAGUCGUGCGUUGCUUACGACUACUUCCUCACCAAGUCAGAAGAAGGCCUACUGCUCGACAGAGGCGACAAGACUCAGCUGGGCCGAAGUUGGAAUGUGGCCAGCACUGCUACUUGUGUGGCGUAUCACUCAACGAGGGACUUUGUGGAUGAGUACUUCACGCCGGAGAGGAAGGAGAAGACCUACGCCGUGAGUAGCAUUGGUCUCUCUUGGCGUGGCUACACUGUGUGCCUUAUCAAGGAAGCGGCGGAAACGACCACAGGACGAAAGGUCCUUAUGAAGCGCCUGAAGCAGAGUGGAGUAAAGGUGGCGCCCUUGAAGGGCAUCGACCGUUAUGAUAGCGGCGUAUGUGUAUGCCUCUCGGGCAGGAAGGACCGAGCUUUCGUAUCAAAACGUGGUACUCUGGGUACUAUGACGUGUGCCAAUAUAGAUAUCGACUCCUUAUUCAAGGGCGUCCCUACAGGCGGCAUUGACGUAAUCAUAUGCAACAAGGAUGAAGCCCGGCAUAUAGCUGCCACCCUGAGCACACUCAAGGGAGAUUCCGAGCCAACUUUGUUGGCAUUGGCCCGGCAGCAGUCGGUCGACCCUGCAGCUGAGGAGUACGCAGCUCAUAUACUGUACCAUGGGUUGGCUUGUGGAAACCAGGGCUUGAAGGUGGUGGUGACACUAGCUGAUAAAGGAGCACUCCUUUCUUCCGCUCGAGGCGUCACGUACUGUCCUGCUGUAGAGACUGAUUGCGUUGAUGCUUGUGGAGCUGGCGAUGCCUUUACUGCGGCUUUUCUGUCUUCCUGGAUGAGGAAUGAGGACGAUGAGGAGUCGGCCCUACGAGAGGGUUGCCGAGCUGGUGGGAAAUGCUUUCUGAAUCGCGAGGAGAAGAAGUAG